GUGUAGACAAGAAAAUGAUGGCGAUUCAGCCAGUUUGUGAACUCAAUUGAGCUGGUGUAUAUAGUUCUCGGAAAAUUAGUGCUUCUUCAGGUGUAUUUAAAAAGAUAAAUCGUUUUUCAAUGAUUCCGAGCUCUUUAAAUGUCAUUACUACCGUCAUGAAUUAUUUGCUGUACACGUCUGUGUUGGUGUUUGGUGUACGAGCGUAUGAAAUCGAGCCGACAAAUUCUACUCUCAGACAACACAAAGUCCACAAUAUAGUUUUGUAUCCUGACAAGCAUUCGUGGUGUACGAGCACGCCCAUUAAACAAGUUAUAUCCGACGUCGAUUGCGAUCCCGUGGAAAUUGACAACCUCGUUUGCUUGGGCGCUUGUUUUAGUUAUUCCAUACCAAGGACGGUUCCGGCCAACAACGGCGAUGAAGUUAACUCGUAUUGCGACUCGUGCCAACCCGUAAACACGCUAUGGAUUCCUGUAAAACUGAAGUGCAGCGAUGGAUCGAAUCACACGAAGCGCGUACAGCUGAUCAAAGAGUGCCGGUGCUCGUCCUGUAACCGACACUGGGAACUGGAAAAUCCACCGACGGACUUCGUGGACGAGGGAAACUCCAUACAGACAUCGAGAUAUAUGCAAUUGAUGAAACUUGAACAAAACGAAAACGAUGAAGACGAACAAAAUUCACAGGACGCGGUUUCGAGUGCUGCGGAUGACAUACAGGACGCUGCAAACUUGACUAGACUGGCUUACGAGAAAAAUAUUUGGAUUCGAGGUCCGCAUCAUUCGAAGGUACUAUUAAGAAAAGAAAAUACGAUGAGCGCGCCUGCAAACGUCGCGGCCAACGACGACAUCGUCCAACAAUAUUUGGGAGAAGACGCUGCCGAUAAGAAUGAUAAACUUUAACCCGGAUUUUUAACUAUUUUAUAAAA